UAUUAAGCAUUUAUUGUAGCGAUCUAGGGCUUAUACCAGACUAAAGCCAACGCUGAAGGGUGUCUGCGUGCACGAGAUGAUAGAUGCGCUAUUCGGGCGCGUCUUUGGGCUGAGGCGUAGGCAUUGGAGACGACGAUGUUUGUUUGGUGGUAUGAAUAUGGGGCUUGCCGUUUUGUUGCCAUGCUCGUCCAGAUCGACUAGGUUGUUUGGCGCCCAUCGACUAAAGAGGUAGAGAUACAAGGAGAAGAGACGCUCGGUCGAAGGUUGGAGUUCGGGCAAAGGAGAAAUCCAGUCUCGUCUUCGUAGUGAACCUAACUUGCUAAUCAGCUUUCUUGCAUACGAGAAUGGAAGAGGUCAUAGUCAACAAAGUCAUGCUCAGUUUAGCAUCGAGGACAUUUUUUGGAAUGGAAACUAAUCGCAUUUCUCGGCCACAGAUAAUGCUGGGAAGCUCUGUCCAAGACCUCGAUGAUGUGAAGAAGCUUGCCGAAAGCGGAACGCAAGCAGACGCCAUGGCGGUGAUCGUCAAGAUCCGAGCGGGUAUCGCCGCGAUCAAAUAUCUAAACCAUCAGAACCCACCCAAUGUCAAUGGUCGCCUGACUGCGAUUGUCAACAAUGUUGGCGCUCAGUUUCGAGCUUCGCAGAAUGCCCACAACGCUGCAUUUCCCAACGACCCAACAACGAUCGGCGACUUCUGGUUCGAGUGAAUCAGGGCGCUUUACCC